AUGCAGGGCAUCUUACUGGUCAGACCAGAGAGGGUGCAGGCGUUAACCUGGUUUGACUGGUGUAAGGGGAAAGCUGCAUACUUCCGACUCAUCUGCGAUGAUGUUGAGGUUCAUGUGGAGGUUCAUGUGGAGGUUCACGUGGAGGUUCAUGUGGAGGUUCGCGUGGAGGUUCACGUGGAGGUUCGCGUGGAGGUUCGCGUGGAGGUUCACGUGGAGGUUCACGUGGAGGUUCACGUGGAGGGCCAUGUGGAGGUUCAUGUGGAGGUUCACGUGGAGGUUCACGUGGAGGGUCACGUGGAGGUUCACGUGGAGGUUCACGUGGAGGGCCAUGUGGAGGUUCAUGUGGAGGUUCACGUGGAGGGCCAUGUGGAGGUUCAUGUGGAGGUUCACGUGGAGGUUCACGUGGAGGGUCACGUGGAGGUUCACGUGGAGGUUCACGUGGAGGGCCACGUGGAGGUUCAUGUGGAGGUUCACGUGGAGGUUCACGUGGAGGGUCAUGUGGAGGUUCACGUGGAGGUUCACGUGGAGGGCCAUGUGGAGGGCCAUGUGGAGGGCCAGGAAUACAGGUCGUGGCACUGUGGUAUAAAUGAACUCCUGUCGGUUCUUGUCAUCUGGUUGUUUGUCAAGAUUUUCAACUCUUACUGCCUUUUUGUGACUGAUUAUUUCACCCGCACGCCUCGUAAGCUGAACGCUUUCAACUCCUUCGCCAGCGUGGAGCUGUUCCACUUCAAUGUGCCUGACGACACCAUGAUGGCCGUAUGGAACCUCAUCACCUUCAAGGAGCAAGGGGGCACCUUCGGAGACAGCUGCCCCGACCGCAACGUGACCGUGUACUUCAGGUCCGGGGCGCCUCCUGUAAUCAACCCCCUGUACACCCACUUUCCUCGGGAUACAGUUGUCCCAGGGUCCUUCGCCGUCACCCUGACCUGGACUCUUCCGAACCGAACCACAGGAGCGUUCAACGUGACAAGCCCGCUCCCCGGAGACUGGUUCCUGGCUGCACAUCUACCCAAGGAUGAAGGGAAGAUCUCAGUCAAGGGUUUAUAUGAAGAAUGCCAGUAUCUAUUCCAACCUCAGCUCAUUGUCCAGAGGCUUAUUGGGAUUUCAGUCCUCUAUCCUGGAUACUUUAUCGACCAGAUGAUCCCCAUCCACAACAGAUCUGCACUGUAUAAAGUGUUUAUUCCCAGCUAUACUUCCAAGGUCAAGGUUCAGCUGGUGAACUGCAGUACCAAGAACAAGAGCAGCAACAGCUGCCCCGUGGUUCUGAAGAUAAGGGCGCGGGCGCCACCCAUACACAACUCAAGUGCCCUCGACUGUCGGGAGUGGAACCCGUGUGAACUCGACAUGCUGCCCCCUGCCUGGGAGCAGUGGUACUACAUCCUUGUGGACCGAUACCUCAGCAACUCAGAUGUCUACUUUCGCAUUGGUGUUCAGGUCAAAGAUUGCUCCAAGUCCAGCCUGUCAAAGGAUCAGGCCGCACCCAGCUCGUCCCUGAACAUGCCCCAGUCUUUCGGCACGGCCAUGGGCUUCUCCCUGGCCGAGACCCUCCCGGCGGCGGACCUGCCCGGCCUCUCAGCCAACGCCAGUCACCUGCACAUGCUGCGGGAGAGCAUCACGUACCUGGCGCCCACGGCCGACGCUAACAAGUGCUGGCCCAUCCGUCCUACCCUGCGCAACGAACUGGACACCUUCUCCGUGCACUUCUACGUCUUCUUCGGGCCCAACAUAUCCGUCCCGCCCGACAGAGCCGCCGUGUUCGCCAUCAACCUGAUGCCUGUACUGGACAGCGGAGGUGUCCUGAACAUGGAGCUCAAGCUCAAUUUGUCUACCGUAAAAGGAGCUAAUGUCACAGUGUUUGGCUGCCUGAACCAUGGAAUACCUCUUUUCCUGCAUGAAAAUUCAUCACUGAAAUGUCAGUCAGAAACGUUGACCGGCUUUCGUCUCCUGGUAAACGCCUCCACCAACAUCACCAAGCUGAGGAUUCCCUAUCCGCAGACGGGCACAUGGUACCUCAGCCUGCGGUCUCUGUGUGCCAGCGAGGACAGGUUCGAGCCCUGCACCAACGUCACGGCUGAAGUGUACCUGCGGUCCUACCUGACUCCCUGCAUCAACGACUGUGGGACAUACGGACAGUGCAAGCUGCUGCGCACCAACAACUAUCUCUACGCUGCGUGUGAAUGCAAAGCAGGCUGGGACGGAUGGGGGUGCACAGACAAUUCGGAGGCGUAUUCCUACGGCUUCCAGCUCCUCUCCACCCUGCUGCUGUGUCUCAGCAACCUGAUGUUCGUCCCGCCGGUGGCCAUCGCCGUCCGCAGCCAUUACCUCCUGGAGGCCUCGGUCUACAUCUUCACCAUGUUCUUCUCCACCUUUUACCAUGCGUGCGACCAGCCGGGGAUCGUGGUGUUCUGCAUCAUGGAGUAUGACGUCCUGCAGUUCUGCGACUUCCUCGGCUCCCUCAUGUCGGUGUGGGUCACCGUCAUCGCCAUGGCCAGGCUCAAGUCCAUCAUCAAGCAGGUUCUCUACCUACUGGGGGCUAUGUCUCUGUCCAUGGCUUUGCAACUGGACCGUCAUGGCUUGUGGAACCUGCUUGGACCCAGCCUCUUCGCCCUGGGCAUUAUGGCCAUGGCCUGGACUGUGCGCACCAUUCGUCGACGGCAGUGCUACCCGCCCACAUGGAAGCGCUGGGUUUUCUUCCUCUUCCCGGGCACCAUGAUCGCCACGUCGGCGGUGGCCCUGUACGCCUUCGUGGAAACGGAGGAGAACUACUUCUACAUCCACAGCAUCUGGCACAUGCUGAUCGCAGGGAGCGUUGGCUUCCUGCUGCCGCCGCGCGCCAAGCCCGACGCCAAGGUGACGCCGCUGAAGCGCCGGCGGGGCUGUGGCUACCAGCUGUGCGUGAACGAGCACGAGGAGAUGGGCCUGGUGGACCCGGCCAUCAUCUCCAUCAACAGCAUCUGUACCAGCUGA